AAAUAAUCUAAUUGGACCGUUACCAACCGAUCUGCGCCUUGCAGAAACCAAUGCGCAAAUUGAAUAACGACUUCAAAACUCUGUAGUUCGAGCUGGUCCACGAUACGAGGGACCCAACUAUCGCCAAUACCGUCAAGAUGUCUAUGUUCCGGGCUAAGAAGCUUGAUAUUGGCUGCUUCGUCAACAUCAAGACGAUCCGAGAUCAUUCCAAGAGGAAGGCCUAUGCACAAUUCGAGCCCGAGAGACAAGCUCUACGAUACAUCAUCCGAAAUACCACUCUGCCCCCCAGGGCCCGAGCCGAAGCCCAGCUACAGCUUACGCAGAUGCACUGCUAUACGCGACCAACACAAAUCCGUGGACGAUGUAUAUUAGGUGGUAAGGGAAGAGGUAUAUUGCGCGACUUCAAAAUGUCAAGAUAUAACUUCAGGAUGCAAGCUUUAGCAGGAAAUAUCCCAGGCGUGAAGAAGGCUAGCUGGUGAAGUCGGGCACGAGUGAUGCUAAUAAGAUAUGACCGCUGUUACUGGCUCACGGCUCAUGCUUGCGGUACCUAUGAUAUGUAUAUUGAUACCUUUGCGAUGCUACAGUCGGAUGAGCGCUGUAAGGUCACCAGUGGCCCAUAUAUUAGGUACCUAGGUAUUUAAGAAGCGAAAACUCCCAUGAUCACUUUAGGUGCCCUUAGGUAUAUAAUGUACUCAGCUUCUUACAUUGAAGGUACCUACUGGAAGUGUCCAUCUAUGGGAUUUUACAUGUACUUACGUGGUUAGGCAUCUACAUAGGUCCUUCCUGUCCGGGAUAAGAUUUUACAGGAAGGGACGUAGAUGGCGGAUGGUGGACGGUGGAUGGUGGAUGGUGUCUUAACAUUUUAAAUGAAGCAAGAGCACUACAUCUACUUAGUUGUGUUAAUAGCACGGAACCGGGCCUGCAGCUUCCCUCGUAUGCAAACAUGCAAACGGUAACCUUUAAAUAAAUUCAUUUGACGGCCGU